CGACGAUUUGGAACUGUCCUCAUCCCCCACCCAAGCUUCGAAAGAGACAUUCAAAAUGGCCGCCAACGUUUCCAGCGACCUCAUCUGGCAGCUCACCCGCACCCAGAAUGCUUAUCUGGUCAAGCGUAACAGCGGCGGUGGUUCUCAGUUCUCCCGAGACCCCCUGAACCUGCAGAACAAGCACUCUUUCAAGUACGCCGGCUAUGCCAACACCAAGGCGGUCGGUGUCCAGGCCACUGAGAACGGCGGUGUUGCUGUCAUCACCAAGAAGCCCAGCAACCCCCAGCAGCCUGCCAAGAACGUCGUUACCGUGACCUACGGCCCUAACGCCUCCACCCGCAAGAUCUACAAGGGUGUUGCCGACAAGACUGCCAAGAACGGCUACCGUGCUGAUGUCCGUGAGGACGCCGUCGCCCGUGUCAGCGCCAUCCGUCGCUCCCAGAAGGCCAAGAAGGAGACUCCCGCCCAGAAGCCCCGUGGUGCUAAGGCCAGAAAGGCCGAGGAGAAGUCGGAGUAAAUGCCAACUAUCUCUUUCCGGGAAGGGCCAGGAGGCAUGAUGUCAUGAGAGUUGGUCGGGAUGAUCGACCAGAAAAGCGCCGUGCUGGCCAAGGGCGGUAACAUCUAUGUAAUUUAGCAAUACUGCUACCAAGGGGGGCAUUGUUCUCCGGCCAGGCCAUUCAGAAUGGAAACCAAAAAAAAUCUUGGGAAAUUCAUCAACAAC